GGCCCAGCGAGGCCUCCCGCCUGCGCGCGACCCCUGGGAGCCACGGCCGGACUGGGCACAUGCAGGCAGCCUGAGCAGCGACGCUGGCCAGAAGGUAUGGCCGCCCUUGCCUGCGGUGCUGCCCGGGCUUUGUGUCCGCCUGGGCUCUUUAGCAAGCCCCUCUCUGCCCCUGGGACUGCCCUCUGGCCGCUCAGGUGCCCGUGUUCCAAGCUGGGUGGGCACAGGAUUGCUUAGUCCUCACCCUGACUCUGUCUUCAUGCCUUUCCGCUAGCCGGCUUCCCACCUGGCCCAGGGAGGGGUCACUACCCAGGCCUUCCUUGCUGAGGGGCUGAGAAGCGUGAGCAGGGUCCCCGGGAUGUGCAGGGAUGCAGCAGGCCUAGCUGCUUUUGGUGUGUGGACUGUGGAGCCUGUGUGUGCUGUGAAGUCCUCUGGGGAGCUGGUCCAGCAGGUGGGCAGCGGGGUGAGGGGUAGACUCAGCUGGUGUGUGGGGGCUGGUUCACCCUCCCCCAGAUAUUAGGGAGGCCCCAGGAGACAGGUAGGUGACGAGGGGCACUCAGGGCAUGCCCAUGAGGCCAGGCUGUGUGUGGAGCCCGGGAAGGGAUCUCCAGUGGGAGCCAGGCUUGGCCAAGAGCCUAACAUGGGAACUGGGGCCCACUGCGUUCUCUGCCAUUUGCACCAGGCUGUGAGGCUGGCCAGGGUCACAGGUGCCGGGCCCCAGAGUCUGGACCUUGGCCCCGGGGCUCCUGAGGGCAGAAGUCUCUCCAGGCAGCCCUGGUGACCGGCCACAGCAUGCCAGGCGGGGCCUGUCCCGGCCGGGACCCUGCUGCUUUCCCAGGCACCCCUCCCUCUCCCAGGAGGAAGCCCCCCCACACCACACUCUGCAUUUGUCCAUUGAUUUAGACACAAACGGCCCAGUUCACCUUCCUGUGGAAAAAUCCGCCCUGGGCCUUGUCCGCAGGGUGGGGUGUCUGCGGCUCCCCCAGCACCCUGUCACAGCUUCCCCCUCCCUGGCUCUAGCUCUGGGGGCCACAGGAAGUCCUAGGAGCGGCUUCCUCUGGGCGGGUUCCUAGAGGAACAACAAGGUGGGGCCCAGCUGGCAGCAAGGAGGUCAGGGGCCAGGGUGUACCCCAGAAGCAGGCGCUGGGCCGCCUCUUCAGGGCUCAGGUGCUGGCCACCUGCGCUGGCUAUAAGGGAGCCCAGCAGGCCAUAGGGCUGUGCCGAGAGAGGGAGGGGAGGGUGACUGUGUGCUUGUCUUGGCGAGGAGUGGGGUGCCCCGUGGAGGGCACCCUCUCCUGGUGGAGGGACCCGUGCUUGGUGUGGAAUCCCUUACCUCUGGAGGCUGGGAAGGCCCUGACUGUGAGCAGUGACUCAGCCCCGGGCCCCAUUGGGCUGGGGGUGGCUGCAGCUGCAACACAGCUGGUGCUGACGCUAGGGACAGCCCCCGGACUGAGACAGGGCAGUCGGCGGUGCCAGGCCCUGGGUCGCAGCUCCUGCGCCCCGCCGUGCCUUUGCUUCCUGCUCGGAGGGUCUUGACAGGCACAGAGAAGGACAGUGAGGGGUAGUGGCUCUGAGGGCUGGCUGUCUGUUCCCCCAGGAGGCACAGCAGGCUGGUGUCUGGCUCUGCAGGGCUGGGACCUCUCCCUCGCCCCCCCGUCCCCGUAGCCCUGGGUCUGCAGGGCUGGGUCCUCUCCCUUGACCCCCCUGUCCCCAUAGCCCUGGGUCUGCAGGGCUGGGUCCUGUCCCCUGCCCCCCUGUCCCCAUAGCCCUGGGUCUGCAGGGCUGGGUCCUGUCCCCUGCCCCCCCGUCCCUGUAGCCCUGGGUUUGCAGGGCUGGGACCUCUCCCUCGCCCCCCUGUCCUCGUAGCCCUGGGUCUCAGAGCAGGGCAGGGCCUCCCAGCCGCUUCCUUCCUUCCUUUCUUGGGACGGAAACUGAGCUGGGUGGGGGGGGGCGUCCGACUGGAGCCUCCCUUAGCAGGGGAGGGGGCUCUGUCCCCACCCUGCUCCCCAAAGUGACUCAGCCCCCAUGUCCCCACCCAUCCCCGGGGAGCCGUGGGCCAUGGAGGGGGUAGAUAAGCGGGUGGCAGCCCAGCUGUGCUGAGAGCUCACGCCACUCCAGUGCAGCACCCUCAGCUGGCUGCGUCGGUCCACCCGCCCGCCUCCAUGGCCCGCUCCGGGAAUGCCACACCUCCGGGCCCCACUCCAGGAGCCCCUCCACGGGACCCCUCUCAGGGGCUUGUACAGGAUGCCAACGGGCCCCCGAGAGAGCUGCGUCCUCGGCUCUGUCACCUGCACAAGGGCCCGCAGGGCUACGGGUUUAAUCUGCAUAGUGACAAGUCUCGGCCCGGCCAGUACAUUCGUUCCGUGGACCCAGGCUCGCCUGCCGCCCACUCCGGCCUCCGCCCCCAAGAUCGGCUCAUCGAGGUGAACGGGCAGAAUGUGGAGGGGCUGCGGCACGCCGAAGUUGUGGCCAGCAUCAAGGCCAAAGAGAGCGAGGCCCGGCUGCUGGUGGUGGAUCCUGACACGGACGAGCACUUCAAACGGCUGCGGAUCACACCCACCGAGGAGCAUGUGGAAGGUCCACUGCCGUCACCGAUCACCAAUGGGACCAGUCCUGCCCAGGUGAGACUGGGUCAGGUGUGUCUUAGCAGAGGUGGCCCGCCAGGUUUGGACAAGGACACCGAGGAUGCCAGCAGUUGGAAGCGGGACCCAUUCCAGGAGAGCGGCCUGCACCUGAGCCCCACGGCAGCCGAGGCCAAGGAGAAGGCCCGGGCCACACGGGUCAACAAACGGGCCCCGCAGAUGGACUGGAACCGCAAACGUGAGAUCUUUAGCAACUUCUGAACCCCCUGCCUGCUGGCCGGGCCCCGCCUCAGGAGAGCCACUGUGUUGCUGGGGACCGCGGGGAGUGGG